UGUAAGACCUGAAGUUCUUUCUUCAUUGUAUUCCGUAACUGGAUUAAGCAUUACUGUGUUUUGGAGUUUGCUGUGUAUCAACAUUUUGUCUCAGGUGUAGGAGGAUGCCGUUAUUCACAAUGAGGUUCAUAUUCUCAUUGUGUGUUUCAAUACUGCUACUGUAUGGUGAAAUAAUUGAUGGACAAUCAACAGAUGACCCCUGCUACAGCUACAAUGUGCUGGAUGAUCCUCGAAGAGCCACCAACAAUCAAUAUUCCUCUGAAAUAAUGUGUGACUGUGAGGUCAGCUGGAACGGCUGGUACCGUCUCUUCAUUCAGGGUCAGAGCGUUCAGAUGCCAGACACAUGUGUUGAUCAGGAUAGCUGUGGCACUCAUGCUCCACUGUGGCUGAAAGAAGGACAUCCAGCAGUUGAGGAUGGAGUGGUCACUCGAGAUGUCUGCGGUCACUAUGACAAUGACUGCUGUGCUUUUCUGUCCAAUCCCAUUAAAGUCAAAGCCUGUCCAGGAGAUUAUUAUGUCUAUGAGUUUGUUAAACCAGCUUUCUGCUAUUUAGCAUAUUGUGCAGAUGUAACAAACAUCAACACUACAUAUACGACUGUGGUUCCUCUUGUUGACCCCUGCAACAACUACAAUGUGCUAGAUGAUCCAUGGAGAGCCACCAACAAUCAAUAUACCUCUGAAAUAAUGUGUGACUGUGAAGUUAGCUGGAAUGGCUGGUACCGUCUCUUCAUUCAGGGUCAGAGCGUUCAGAUGCCAGACACAUGUGUUGAUGAGUAUAGUUGUGGCACUCAUUCCCCACUCUGGCUGAACGGAGGACAUCCAGCAGUUGAGGAUGGAGUGGUCACUCGAGAUGUCUGCGGUCAUUGGGACAAUAACUGCUGCUAUUUCAACUCCAAUCCCAUUAAAGUCAAAGCCUGUCCAGGCAAUUAUUUUAUUUAUGAGUUUGUGAAACCUGCUUUCUGCUCUUUGGCAUACUGCGCAGCUGUAGCGAACAUAAACACUACCUAUACUACUGUCACACCAAUGAAAACCUCAACAGCAGCCACUACAACAAUGGACUUUACUGAUAUCUGGAACAACAGCAUUUCCUAUACGACUAUCUUGAUAGAAACAACCUCAGACAUGAAAACCACAUUAAUAGAAACAACAAUCUUGGCCACUGGUAAUGCAGAAAGUACUACCACAGAGCCCACAACAACAAACCGCAGCACCAUAACUCCAGAAAGUUCCACAAAGGAGACCACAACAAUAAGCAGCAGCACCACAACUCCCGAAAUAUCACCAACACAGACUACAACAACAGAUAGCACCUAUACUGGCACCAUAACAACAGAAAGUACUACCACAGGCACCACAACCGAUAUCACAACAACAGACAGCACUACCAACAGAGAAAGUACAACCUCUGGCAUGACCACUCCAGGAAGUACUACCACAGAGACCACAACAUCAGAAAGCACUACUACUAUCAACACAACUCCAGUCAGUGCAACAACAGAGACCACAAUGGCAGAAAGUAAGACCAAUGGUGCCAUUACUGCAGAAAGUAUUGCCUCAGAGACCACAACAACAAGCAUCACCACCACACAAGAAAGCACAACAACCGAGACCACAACAACAGAAACCCCUCGUACUACAACUGCAAAAAUUACAACAACAGAGACCACAACACCAGAAAGCAUAACAACUAAGACCACAGAAAUAGAAAGUACCACUGCAGGCACAACAAUGGAAACCACAACAACAGAAAACACCAGCCUCGGCACAACAACUGAGACCACAACAAUAAAAAGUACCACAACAGGCACCACAGCUGAGAUCACAACAACAGAAGGGACCACCACUCCAGACAGUACUACCACAGAGACCACAACAACAGAAAGCACCACCACCGGUACUACAACUCCAGAAAGCACCACAAUGGCAGAAAGGAAAACCACUGGCACCACCACUCCACAAAGUACAACAAUGAAGACCACAACAACAGAAAGUAGCACCACAACUGUGAUCCCACCAACAGAAGGCACAACCACUCCAGAAAGUACUACCACAGAGAUUACAACAACAAAAAGCACCACGAUCGAUACCACAACUCCAGAAAGCACCACAAUGACAGAAAGUACAACUGCUGGCACAAAAACUUCAGAAAGUACAACACCAGAGACCACAACAAAAGAAAGUACCACCCCUGAGACAACAACCAAGACCACAACAACAGAAAGUACCACCACAACUGAGAUCACAUCAACAGAAGGAACCACCACUCCGGAAAGUACUACCGCAGAGACCACAACAACAAAAAGCACCACCACCAGUACCACAACUCCAGAAAGCACCACAAUGACAGAAAGUUCAACCGCUGUCACCACCACUCCAGAAAGUAUAACAACGGAGACCACAGCAACAGAAAGCACCACAAAUGAGAUCACAACAACAGAAGGCACCACUAGCCCAGAAAGUACUACUACAGAGACCACAAGAACAGAAAGGACCACGAUCGAUACCACAACUCCAGAAAGCUCCACAGUGGCAGAAAGUACAACUGCUGGCACAACAACUUCAGAAAGUACAACACCAGAGACCACAACAAUAGAAAGUACCACCCCCGGGACAACAACCGAGACCACAACAACAGAAAGUACCACCACAGUCACCACAACUGUGAUCACACCAACAGAAGGCACCACCACUCCAGAAAGUACUACCACAGAGCCCACAACAACAGAAAGCACCACGGUCGAUACCACAACUCCAGAAAGCACCACAAUGACAGAAAGUACAACUGCUGGCACAACGACUUCAGAAAGUACUACCACAGAGACCACAACAACAGAAAGCACCACGGUCGAUACCACAACUCCAGAAAGCACCACAAUGACAGAAAGUACAACUGUUGGCACAACAACUUCAGAGAGUACAACAACAGAACGUACCACCCCCGGGACAAAAACCGAGGCAGCAACAAUAGAAAGUACCACCACAGUCACCAAAGCUGAGAUUACUACAACAGAAAGCACCACCACCAGUACCACAACUCCAGAAAACACCACAAUGAUAGAAAGUACAACCACUGGCACCACCACCCCAGAAAGUACAAUAACGGAGACCACAGCAACAGAAAGUAGCACCACGAGCACCACAAAUGUGAUCACACCAACAGAAGGCACCACCACUCCAGAAAGUACUACCACAGAGACCACAACAACAGAAAGCACCACGAUCGAUACCACAACUCCAGAAAGCACCACAAUGACAGAAAGUACAACUGCUGGCACAACAACUUCAGAAAGUACAACACCAGAGACCACAACAAGAGAAAGUACCACCCUCGGGAAAACAACCGAGACCACAACAACAGAAAGUACCACCACAGUCACCACAACUGAGAUCACAACAGCAGAAGGAGCCACCACUCCGGAAAGUACUACCACAGAGACCACAACAACAGAAAGCACCAUCACCGGUACCACAACUCCAGAAAGCCCCACAAUGACAGAAAGUACAACCACUGGUACCACCACUCUAAAAAGUACAACAGAAGAGACAACCUUAACAACAGACAGCACCACAAUCGAUACUACAACAAGAGAAAGCACCACGACUCCAGAAAGCACCACAAUGGAGACCACCACAACAGAUAGUGCAACCACUGGCACCACAACUCCAGAAAGUACUACCACAGAGACCACAACAACAGACAGCACCACAAUCGAUAUUACAACAACAGAAAGCACCACCACCGGUACCACAACUUUAGAAAGUACAACAGCAGAAAACAACAAUAACAGAAAGCACCACGAUGGGUAGUACAACAACAGAAAGCACUACCAUCGGUACCACAACUCCAGAAAGUACAACAGUGGAAAUCACAACAACAGACGCUACAACAUCAGAAAGUACCACCACCAUUACCACAACUCCAGAAAGUACAACAGCAGAGACCACAA